AUGUUUUUCAUUCAGUUUAUCGGCAUCUACAAACAUUAUAAGGAGUUCAACUUCGCUAUUUCGGUCGAGGAAGAGUACCGGGAGAAUAUCGUUUUUCCCGGGGUGACCAUUUGUCUUGACGCUUGGAUGGACUCAGUGAGGACCUGCGCCUACACGAAUAACAGAUGCUCUCGAAGCGAUAUGACAUACUCCAUUGGGCUGUAUUACGUACAAACCAAUCCUGAGCUGCGAAAAUUCGGCGCUUUCCCGCCGAGCGAUUUAUUUGACUGCACAAUGAAGCAUCCCUCGUGCAAAUCGUUCAAGUGCAAAGACGCCAUGCGAGCGACUUAUUUCCGAAUGCCGUCCCAGCUGUGUUACACGGUCGAUGUCACUCAAUACCAAAAUAAAGUCGUAUCUACGUGUCCCUAUCCUUGGAUGUAUGAACUCGAACUCAAGUACAAGCUCAAUCGGAGUCGCGUCAUAACGUUCAUGCCGACCAAUGUGUUCCCUCUGGUCGUUCAUGCGCCGAAUUCGGCUCCUCCGGACCGGCUGACCGCUAUCACGAUGCAGCCUGGCGCGGUCUUCGAAGUGGCGAUGAAGCAACAGCGCAUUCGUCGUUUGAAGGCCCCCUACAAAUCGAAGUGCGUGGACUACGGAGCUCUCGGCUACAAGCAAGAAUUCGGAGGCUACCUGAAUUUCGAUCUAUGCCUUCAGAACUGCAGCAUGCACCUCGAACUGAAAAGGUGUGGUUGUAUACGGUCCGCACACGAGUACGCGGGGCAUCAGAGAUAUCCGAUUUGUAACUUCACCUACGGCGACAGCUGCGGUCACAUGAUGUACGCGAGUGACGUUUACAAGGUCUGCGAAAAAAUAUGCGGGAUGCCCUGCGAACAGAUAUCCUACGACCUCAAGCUCGUGAGUCUCGGUUUGGAGAGCGGGUCAACCAGCGAUAAAAAAAAUAAAUUCACCUUGAAGUUGAGUUUCGGAUCGGACGCCGAAGAAGUCACGAAAUACGUCCCGGCUUUCACUUACACAGAGUGCUUGGCCUAUAUCGGCGCGUAUAUGGGCACCUGGAUAGGCAUUGCGUACUUGGAUACCCUUCUCAGUUUCGAGAGUUGGUACGCAACGAACAAACGCUUCAUAAAGCACUCCAUGAAGUCCUAUGUCGGAAUGCUGGUGGCGCCGACUCCCGAGCCCCCUAUGACAGGCCAGGGGGAUGCGACGAUGGAUCCAGAAUAA